AUGAGCAUUGAUCCACAAUUUUCUUCAUUCCUUGCAACCAAAUGCUCUUGUCCAAGAGUUAAAGGUACCUCUGUAUCGUUUGAGCUUGUUGGAGGCCCUCGGGAAAUGAUUGCACCACUAAAGCAGUGCACGGCUUGGCUAAAGGCCUACUUUUGUGAACCGUGGUUGACAGAAACGCUCCCCAUCCCUGAGUUCCACCAUACGCUGUUCGUCAAGGACUCAUUCACUAAAGCUGCAUUGAUGGCACUAUUGAAGAAGGUGAAAUUUGGAGAAACUGUGUCCUACAAGGAAUUAGCUGUCAUGGCGGGGAAUGAGAAAGCCGCGAGGGCUGUGGGAGGAGCGAUGAGGAGUAAUCCGAUACCGAUCCUAAUACCUUGCCACGGGGUGAUUUGCAGCAAUGGAAGCCUUGGCAACUACAUUGGCGGCCAAGGAAAUCAUCUGAAACCGUGUCUUUUGGCACACGAGAAGCUUCUGAAAGAAAUGUGUUUUUUGGGGGUUUUUUGUCGAGCCGCUCACCUAGAGCUGUACCGCAGCCAAAGCCUAUAAACCUACACGCUAUGUUCUAAGCUUUCAAAUUACGCAGUAGAAUUCAGGAAAAUGGUAAAUAUUUGAGUGACAUAUAAAUAUAAUACAACAUCCGAAGUGAAAUGUGUUUGGCACUACUAUAUUAAAAAAGCCGGAUAUGUCUUCUGGGACUCAGCUUGUGUGCCCUUUCUUGUUUUUACAUUUUACAGCAGAAUGACUACAGCAGCCUGUGCCUGUUGUAUUUUGUUCCCAUCUCCAGUCCUGUUUUGUUCUAUUUUUAAUGCCCAUUAAAGCAAG